GAUCUUCAAUAAGCCAGUAAUAGAAGUUAAAGAAAAAAAAAACUCAAAUUUGAAGUUCUGGUACUACACGAAACCUCCCUAUCCAUGGCCGCUCUCAACAGUAUCGCCUGCCGUAAACGCAUCGUUAAAUCCCAGAGUUUCCCCGAUUUCUCUCCAACCACUCGUCUCUCUCACAAAACCAGCUCAAACCUGUUAAAGCUCAACCCCAAAAACAGAAGAAAUUGGGUCAUUCAAUCAGUCACAGAGGACAAAGAAUUGGCUCCAAAGAAGAACAGUCAUUCCCAUGAACCUAAGAAGCUUUUGUUCCCAAAUGGCUCCAAAACUUUGGAGGCUUCUUCUUCAGAGGUUGGAGGUGGUCACGGUGAUGGUGGUGAUGGCCAUGAUGAUGUCGAGAAGUUGAGUAGUAGAGCAAUCAAUGCCUCUAUUGUUCUUGGAUUUGGCACGCUUGCUGUAUCCAAGUUGCUUACAAUUGAUCAUGAUUACUGGCAUGGAUGGACACUUUAUGAGGUACUCCGAUAUGUUCCACAACAUAAUUGGAUUGCAUACGAACAAGCUCUUAAAGCCAACCCAGUGAUAGCCAAAAUGGCAAUAAGUGGGAUAGUCUAUUCAAUAGGAGAUUGGAUUGCACAAUGUUAUGAAGGAAAGCCUCUUUUCGACUUUGACCGGACACGCAUGUUCAGAUCGGGCCUUGUUGGAUUUACUCUUCAUGGAUCCCUUUCUCAUUAUUAUUACCAGUUUUGUGAGGCUCUGUUUCCUUCCGAUGACUGGUGGGUGGUUCCAGCAAAAGUUAUCUUUGAUCAAACAGUUUGGGCUGCAAUCUGGAACAGUAUAUAUUAUGUAGUUUUGGGGUUCUUGCGUUUUGAAUCCUCGGCUAAUAUCUAUAAAGAACUGAAGGCAACAUUUUGGCCUAUGCUGACUGCAGGUUGGAAGCUUUGGCCAUUUGCUCAUGUGAUUACGUAUGGUGUCAUACCUAUUGAACAAAGGCUCCUUUGGGUUGAUUGUGUGGAGCUUAUCUGGGUAACAAUAUUGUCAACUUAUUCUAAUGAGAAAUCAGAAGCACGUAUAACUGAGCCAACGAUGGAUGCAGACUCGAAUUCAUCAAACAAUCCUCCUGAGGAAUAAUAAACGAAUCGAUAUCUCAGUUGUAAAGAGAGAUGAGAAACAUCAUUUAGGCGACUUGGAGGAUUACUUGUAGUGACUGGUGAAAGAGUAAAGUUCCCUACCAAGGAAUUUCACCCCAUAUACAACUUUUAUACUUUUUUCCUACAUUAGUCUUUCAGGUAAAGCAGCAAAGGAGUGGGGAUAUAAUUUGUAUCAAGAGAAGUGUAAUAAUAUGGACAUAGCAACAUUCCAUCCUUACCCUUGUAUGAUAUAUACUGAUGUAUUCAGUGGAAGAAAGUGACGGUUACAUACCACUGAUGGGUGUCGAAUCCACCAAUAUAAACCUACGCCUUAAUUUGUAAA